UCUUGCUUCAUCUUAUUAUCACGCUUUAGGUAUCUGCCUGAUCGUUUGUUUGUAACUCGUAAUUAGCUGCGUUGUUGAAAUCCGAGAUGAUCCAUAACGAUGUUGGUGUACAGGCGAUCGGUAUCGUUCCCACGCCAAUCGACGUGGCGAUGUGUCCUAUAAGUAUUCCUGUGGCGAGAUGGAUCCCCCUAUCAUCAUACAGAUUCCGUGUACCGGUUCGUGCAACGGUCUCACCGAGUGCGGUGGGCCCGCUACUCGCGCGGUCGUCGCAGUCGAGUAAAGGACCUCGCUCGUUUCGCUCGCGUUGUCCGAAGAGUAUUGUAUUGCGAGGUCGAACUGCGUUGCAUCUCUUAUCUCGUUCACGUACACGCAUCACAACGUAGCGCGUGCGAUCGACGUGUAACACCAAGAGGAUGGCGAUGGUUCAGAUGUUACUUUUUCUUGGUACGGCGUUUUUCGCGUUCGCCAAGGUUGGCGCCGUUCCGGCUAGAUACGACCAACGGCAGGAUGGCGAGAUCAACGGACAUGGUACGCUAAAAAACCUCCUCUUCGUUGUGGUUUUGCCAGGUAGCGGUAGUACCAGCACUAACGACAUAAGCGAGCUGGCAUGGCAUGCUAUCGAAACGGCGGUACUCGCUCGAUCGAAGGGACAAGGAGCGAUCAAAUCCAGUGAGACAAUUCGCCAAGAGGGGCCCUAUUCUGCGGAAAUUCAGCUAAAUGAGAAUCAUCUAGAUAAAGAAAAUUCGGUACGAAAAGCGGAAGGAGAUACGAAAACGUCGAACAUUUUGGACCAACAACCGGUAUCCGUCGGCGUCGGGCAAAACAAAAAAGCUGACAGGAUCGCGAGAAACGUGAAGAAUUUCGACUUUCCGAAGAGCCGCGAGGUGCCGACUGUUCCGGGAUACUUCAUGAACUUGAGGAAAACAUCCAGACCCAAGACGGGAAGCAGUAGCCGGGCUCGGAACGUGGUCGGGAACGUGGUUUGGAACUCUGACGACGAACCUGGAAGACCGGGAAUGUCGUUAAAGAAGCAGCUACCUGGUGACGUCGCACUAUCUUCGUCGAACGCUGAGAAAACUGACGUGUCUCCGUUGACCAAGGAGAAGCAACAGGAACUCAAACUACUGGGCGACGGCGUUGAGAACUGCGGUCCAGGAAGACAUCGCGACGCGUCCGGCAUCUGCCAGUUUGACGAUUCGACCGAUUCUCUUUAGCUUUAAGUUCC